AUGCAGAACCCGCACGAGACGAGCGUGGACACGGGAUCGAACUCUUACAAGGUGGACGUGUGCAAGCAAUCCUUCAAGUCCACCGCGCUGCGCCCUCAAGUGGGCCCAACCAAAGGGACAUAA